UUAUCUCAGCGUUCCCAACCGAAACCAUGUUCGUUCUGUCCUUUUCGAGCCUCCACUGCGACUGCCUCUACAAUGGUGUAUCGCGGCCGGCCCUCCACGGGAUGCAAGAACUGCCGUGAGCGCAAGAUCAAGUGCGACGAAACCCCCGAAGGAUGCCUCAAGUGUGCGAAAGCUAGGAUUGCAUGUCCUGGGUAUGAUCGAAAUGUUGAUGUGUUUUUCCAUGAUGAGACGGCUAGGACGGAGGUCAAGGCGAAGAAGGCCAAAGCGAAGGCUAUUGCGCUGCGCGACGCACGGUAUGCUAGUAGCAGGCCUUCGUCGACGUCUUCGGAAGGGCUUGUGCCAUUUCCCUUUGUUACUCAAGGACCGUAUGGCAAGGCUUCACCUGGCAAAGAGUCACCCGGCAUCAUGCUCCUGGCACCCUUGAUCGACCAAGGCAUCGCCUAUUUCAUGUCUCAUUAUGCUAUCGGCUUGGAUCAGCCUUCGAUUUACUCCGAAGCCUACAACAAGCAUCUGGCGACCAAUGGCUUCCAUCCUCUGGUCGCAACCUCGAUGACAGCCCUCGGACUCGCAGGCGUCGCCAACAUCUACCAAGAUAGCGCACUGAAGGGCAGAGCUACCAGAUGGUAUCUUGAUGCCAUCAAAAUGACGAAUAACGCCAUUACGCAUCCCAAUGAGGUCACAUCAGACACUACGUUGCUGGCCAUCACCCUCUUGGGUAUGUUUGAGGCUACUUCUAAUGAGUACACCUUUCACGCUUGGAGCGAGCACGUUGCUGGCGCCGCUUCCCUUGUCAAGAUGCGUGGUAUGGACCAGUUUGCAACACCAGCAGGCAGACGUUUGUAUCUGCACGCGAUCGGUCUGCUCACGAUGAACUGCUUGGGAGAGGGCACAGCUUUGCCGGCAUACGUACACAAGAUGAACGAAGAGAUCAUGAAGCAUUCUGAUGGUACAGAUCCAAGGAACCGCUUCUUCUUCUUUCAGCAGGAUGUGGUCAACCUUCGUGCAGACAUCCUGGGAGACCCGGCGAUGAGCCUACAGAGCAUACUUGAUCGCGCACUUGAGCUCGAUGCUGUGGCGGAGGGAGUCUUCAGGGAUGCAGGUCCGGAAUGGAGCUAUGAAGAGGCCACACUUGCGAACCUCAGUCCUUUUGUCUUUGGUGAUACAUACCAUAUCUACCCUAGCCAUGCUACGGCCCAGACUUGGAAUUGGGUUCGCUAUACCAAGAUCUACAUCCACGACAUUAUUCGCAAUACUAUCCUGGCUGGCCUCGCCACGUCACCUCCCGUAUUCACUGGAGCUCAUCAUCUUCAGCAUCUCGCCAGAAGCAUCGAACAGUUGCAAAAAGUACAGUCUGACAUUCUGGCGAGUGUACCGCAGUUCCUCCACGAUACACCCAAGAUCGCCCCACCUGCAGAUGCCUACCCAACACACUCUAUCGCUGGCCCACCUUUCGAGACCGACCCAUCCCCUCACCCGCCAUCCGGCCCCUUCUCAAAACCGCACAAGCUCUUCUUCGAAAACUUCCGCAACGAGAACAUUUUCACCGACCCCUCUCUCGUCUCCUCGGACGACAUCACCGAUCGCCUCCCCGUCGUGCGAAUCUCCGGCGGCCACUCGACGCUCUGGGCGCUGUACAUAGCUGGCUCGAUGCCCACCGCUGAGCGCGCGACGCAAGAGUUCAUCAUCGGGUGUUUGGGCAGAUUCGAGAGAGAGUUUGGCAUCAUGCAGGCGAAGGUGUUGGCGGCGGCGUUGAGGCUGAAGAUGGUGAGGCCGGAGGCGGAUGGGAUUUGUCCGAGUUAUUUGCCUAGACAGUCGGCGCCCUAUGUUGUGCCAACUGAAGAGAGUGAGAGGAGGGUCGAGGAAGUGCGAUGA